GGCAUAUUACAUAAGCGCAAUUAUAAUUAUAACUUGUCUAUGACAAUGUCUUACUUUAAUCAUGUAUUUGUUGUGAAAUAUUGUACUAAUAUAGUGUUUGUUAUAAAAAAUAUAAUUACAAUAUUUCAAACAAACAGGUAUGACUAAAAAAUUAUUUGUAUAUAUUAUGUAUUAACGUUCUUUUGAUUAAAAAAUUCAAUGAUAGACCUGCAGUACUAUAAACUGCACAAUUAAAAUCAUUUUUACACAUUAAUAGCCUUUUAUUAACAAACAUGACAUUGUAUACAGUAACAUCAGAAAUAUUUACAGAAAGUGAGAAUUCUUAUAUAAAAUGUAAAAAUGACACUGCAAUAUCCAAGUUUAUUUUUAAGUAUCCAUCUUAUAUGAUUAAAUCAAAAUGUCUUAAUGAUCUGAUUUAUGAUAAUGACGACGAUAUAGAUAUAGAUAGGCAACAAGAAGGAAAAUUAUUAAUAGAACACCAUAUAUCUACAGAGUUACAACACGUUGGAUUGCAAGUGUGGCGAGGUGCAUUAUUGCUGGCUGAUUAUAUUUUAUCCAAUCCUAAUUUAUUCAAAAAUAAAGUAAUUCUAGAAUUAGGUGCUGGAGUUGGCUUAACUAGCAUAGUUGCUAGUUUUUCAGCAGAAGAAGUAAUUUGUACAGACAUUGAUGUAAAAGGAAUAUUAAAAUUAAUAGAUAGAAAUUUUAUACGAAACAAAGCUUACAUUAAGUCUAAAAUUUAUGUUAAAGAAUUAAAUUUUCUAAAUUUAAAAUGGUCUACAUUUUAUAAAAAAAGAAUAAAUGAAGCAACUAUUAUUUUAGCCGCUGAUGUAAUCUAUGACGAAACUAUAACAAAAGGAUUUGUUCAAACAUUAGCAGAACUUUUAAAUUCAGAUGUACAGAAAGUUGUCUAUAUUGCUUUGGAGAAAAGAUAUGUUUUUACUACAGCCAAAAUGGAAACUAUUGCUCCAAUGUAUGAAGAAUUUUUGAAUCUUAUUGAAGCAAAGCACCUUAACUGGCAUAUUGAAUAUAUUAAAAUAGACUUUCCACAAUAUUUUAAAUAUAAUAGAGUAAAGCAGAUGGUUCUGAUAAAAAUAGAAAACAAGUUAAGUAAAUAAUGUAAUUUAACAUAUAACAUCUAGUAUAUAUUAAUAUAUAGUAAUAUAUUAAUAAGAGAAAUUUCAAACAAUAUUAAAUUAACAAAUUGUUCAUAUAUAUUAUAAUAGUACAAAUUAAAUUUAAAACAAUUUGAUGAAAAUAAACACAAAUAAAAG